CCCCUUUCAAAUUUAACAACAAGCAAUUUUGUCGAGCAUCGCCAUUUUUAUAAAGUCACCCAGUACCCAUCAAAUGAAUGUAGGGUAUAUUUCUCAUGACAAUGCUUUUUUUUAAACAACGAAUAUUGAAGCGAAAGUCUUGACAUUAGCUGGCCAGAAGUCAAACAAGCAAGUCAACACCCUAUUAUGGCGCAAAUUAAACCAUUGCCAGAACAACUACAGAAAAUUGCAAUAGAGGAGUUAAAGGAGAUUCCCUCACGACUGCCUGAAGAUUUGCAGGCCCUCAGGACAUGGAUAGAACAGCAACCCCAUUUGAAAGCACGCACCAAUGAUCAGUUCCUUAUACAGUUUUUGAGAGGAUGCAAAUACAGUUUGGAAAGGGCCAAGGAAAAAAUUGAUUUGUAUUUUACCCUCAAAACAAAAUACCCCCAAAUAUUCGGUUUAAGUGACUUGAAUGAAGAAAAAUUUAAGCAUUGCUUCAAUUUGGGCUGCUUUACAUUUCUCCCAAGACCCCUGCAUGAUAAUGGUCCCCGAAUAGUGAUCAUACAAAUUAACUACAGCACCGCGGAAGCCAGCAUAGAAGACAUUUUCUAUGUCACCUGUCCCAUGUACGAGUUGGCUUUGCUCAAUGAUCCAUAUGCCGGCAUACAAGGGCUAGUCUACGUUUUUGACAUGGGCAAAAUGAGUUUCGGCCACUUACUUCAGGCCUCUCCCAACUUUUUUAAGCAAUCCGUUUUGUAUAUGGAAAAGUCCAUGCCUCUCCGUAUUCGAGGCAUUUAUUUUAUAAAUGCUCCAGUAUUUGCACAACAUUUUUUUAAACUGCUGCUACCUUUACUCUCGGAAAAACUGCGCAAUAGGGUUCAUAUUUUGGGUAGUGAUAUUACCGAAUUGAUAAAACAUAUACCACAAGUGUUCCUGCCUGAAGACAUGGGUGGUCAAAAUGGUCAAUGUUCUGAAUUAACAAGGAAUCAUUACAAAAUGCUUCAAUCGUAUAGGGAUUAUUUCAAAGAAAAUUCCCAAUAUGGUACGGAUGAAAGUUUACGUCCUGAUAAACCCCUCAGUUUGGAUGAUCAUUUUGGAGUAGGUGGUUCAUUUACAAUAUUAGCAGUAGAUUAAAAUAAGGAUUCAAGAAAUGCAUAACUUAAGUAAGGGUAAAAAGAGAAACCAUGAAAAACAUAAUAAAUAGUUUUAAGCCCCCAUCUCAAGAA